AUGGAAUCAUCCAACUUUUGGAAUAUAUUAGAUAAAAAUGAUUGUUAUUAUUUGAUGGAGUAUUCUGAUUUUGAAAGUAUAAAUUCAAAAAAUGUAUACUAUAAUAAUAGAAGAUUUCAUUUAAAUUAUAAGAGUGGUGAAUGUGUAAAUGUAAAUAAUAUAAAUAAUAAUAACCUUAGAAAUUUGAAAUCAUUUAUUAAUUUUUCAAAUAGUAACAAAAUGGAAAAGAUAAAUUCAGAACAGGAAAAAGAUUUAAAAUGCUCUACUGAGAAAUCAAUUUAUAGUAACAUUUUUAAUAUGAAAUAUAAAUAUAAAAAAAAUAAAGAGAGUUCAAAUUUUAAUUUAUUAAAUUUGUUACAAAAAUUAAAAAAUUUUCAUAUACCAUUUUUAUAUAAUGAUUUCUAUGUAUUUUCAAAUUAUAAGAGUAAAGAUAAUUUUAUUUAUAAGAAAUGUCAUGCAAAGAGUGAUUAUUUAGAAAAAAAAGAAAUUUUUAAGAAUAACGAUGUGGAUAUAAUAACAAGCAGUAAUAAACAUUUAAAUAAAUUAAAACAAUUUUCGAAUAAUUUGAUUUCAAAUUAUUUAACAGUAAAUUCUUUUCUAUCCUCAUACACAUCUACUUUUAAUUCUUCUUCUUCUUCUACUUCUACUUCUACUUCUACUCCUACUUCUAACUAUUCUUCUUCAUCUUUAUCUUCAUCUUUUGAAUACACUUCUUAUAAAAGUGCUCAUACUAACAUGCAAAAGAAAGGUGAAAUGAAAUUUUUUAAUUUAUUAUCAUUUAAAGAUUCCAAUAAAGAAUCGUCUAUUGAUAAUACAUAUGAUGAAUAUUAUAGGCGGAAUAAGAAAAGUAAUUAUUUGUUACCAAAAAAAGAGAAAAAGAGAAAAGAAAGGAAAAGGAAAGAAGAAAAAAAAAAAAUUAAUUUUUUUUAUGAAAUUUUAAAAACAAUUAAGAAAUUAUGUAACGAGAUAUUUAUUAGAUCAUUUCAAACAAUGAUUUCUUAUUUUAUUACUACUUCUUUUUUUAUUAUUUUGAAUUUAUAUGUAUCAAAUACUUGUGAUUAUUAUGAAAUAGCAGGAUUUGGUGUUGCCAUUAGUGUUUAUACAGUUUUAUCUUCAGUGAUUGACGGUUUAUCAAACAGUUUAGAUUUCUUUUGCAGUCAUUCAAUUGGAAUUGGUAAUGCUGAUUUUUCUUGGCUAAUUUUAAAUUGUACAUAUUUUAUGUUUUUCUUUUUUUGUUUUUUUGUCUUUUUUUUUUUCUUUUUAUUAAAAUUUUUUAUGUAUAUUAUUUUAAGGUAUAUUUUUUGUAAUCUAAAAAAUGAAUAUAUAAUUAUGCUUAAGGCUUUUAUUUCAACUCUUCAAAUUUUGUUGAUUUCUUUUUUGCCACUUUUCUUAUAUGAAAGUACCAGAAGGUUUUUAAUAUUGCAUAAUAAUAUAUAUCCUAGUCUAUUAACAUCUAUUUUUUCUUUUUUUUUAUUAAAUUUAUUUUGUUAUCUUUUCGUAUUUAAAUUUCACCUGAAAUAUAUUGGAGCAUCUUUAUCUUUUCUAUUAGUUAGUAUUAUUAAUUUUCUUUUUAUUUUAUUUUUCUUGAAACUAUACAUUGAAAAAUGCAAAUGUUUUGCAAAAAAUGUACAUUUAUUUGAAAGUAAGGAAGAUAAAAGAGAAAAACACAUUUUAUUUAUAAAUAAUGAUAAUUACAAUUAUGAAAAUGAGGUGCCACAUUUAGAAGAGAAUGCUGUUAAUGAAAAACAAUUAAAAGUAAUGGAAGAACAAUUAGAUGGAGUAAAAAAAGAGAGGUAUGGAUAUAAAGAAUGGGAGUGUGGAGAUACAAUUGUGUAUGAUGAAGAAUACAUAAAAUCAGAUGAUAAUAAUAAUAUAUUUUCAAAAAGUGAUGAUUGUGAAAGGAAAUCAUAUAGUGAUAAAAAUACAUUUAUACAUAUAAAGAAUCCAAGUAUUUAUAACUUAUAUUUUCUUUUUUGCCAUAUUCCCUCUGAUGAAGUUAUAAAAUUUUUUUUAAAAAUUACAAAAGUAAAUAUAAAAAAUGUAUUUUUUGAAGUAUUAGCUUUUGAGUUGCAAUUAUUCGAAUCUACAUAUUUGUGUUUAACUUCAACAGCGACUUUUGUACAAAUAACUAACUUUUUAAAUUUAGUUUAUUAUGUAUCUAAUUCAUAUGGUAUAGUAUUAUCUAAAAUCACAGGAAUAUAUAUAAGUUCAAACCAAAACAAAAAAAAGAAAAGAAAAUUUUCAGAAAUUGUAUUAGCUUUUUUUCUUUUGUUAUUUUUUCUUUAUUUCUGUUUAAUUAUUAUGUACAUAUAUCAUAAAAAUAUUAUACUUUUCUUUUAUAGUGAUAUAAAUUUACAGAAUAAGUUAAUGGAAAUAUUUCCAUUAUUAAUAGUUGAAUUGUUAUUUGAGGCAUUAUGUUCUUUAUUAAAUAGUAUUAUAAAAGGAAUUGGAUUACAACAUAAAAUUUCUUUUUUUACUUUUUUUAAUUUUAUGUUUUUGAUGCACCUUCUUGGAUUAAUUUUAGCUUUUUAUGUAAAUUUAGACUUAUAUGGAUUUAUUUAUUCUAAUUUAAUUAGUAUGAUAAUUCAAGUUAUUUUUUUAGUAAGUUUUCUUGGUAUUACAAUUUGGAAAAGACAUAUAUUUUCAUAG